AUGGGAGCCGCCGGUUCAACCGCUGCGCCGCUACUGGAGGUCCUGCUGCGCCGCAAGGAGGCGCCACUUAUGUUGGCCGCUGCCGGUGGGCAGCCGGACCCGGCCACUGCCGGCUUCGUGGCCGAGCUGGGUGAGCUGAGCCUGCGCUCGCCGCUGAGCGUCGCCCUCUGGCGGGCGGCCGCUGGAGCCGACUCGCCGCCGGCGCUGCGGGCCCGGCUGCGGCCGAGCCUCCUGGCGGCCUAUCUGCACAGCACAGCUUCCGACCCCUGCCACCAUCACUGGCUGACCGGCGAGGCUGAGAAGGAGGAGGAGCAACAGCAGCAGCAGCAGCAGCAGACUGGCGUACAACAGGUGAACCGGCGCCUGUACUCGGCCGAGCUGACGCACGUGGUGACGGCCGACCUCUGGGACCCGGAGGCCGAAUCGCUGCUGGACUCGGUGGCCAUCGGCCGCGUGGCGCAGCGCUGCCAGCAGAUGGCGACGCUGCGCCGGCUGCUCUGGACCAACGGCGCGGACCUGGCCGACGCCCGCUUCUGUCCAAGACGCUGCCACCGGGCCCUGGGGCCUGAGCUGUUGGCAACAGUUCUCGGAGGCGCUGCUCGCCGUCGGCCGGCCCCAUGGCGACGUCACCUCCACGCUCAGUGACGUCAUUCCCGUACUGGUGACGGCACAGUGUCUGAGCGGCGAGCAGGCGGCCUGGCUGGCGGAGAGCGCCGCCGUCGUGCGUGACGUCACCGAUGAUCCAGUGGACAUUGGGCGA